CCCCCACAAACUCUAUACAUCGACCGGUUCCACUCGCGAAACAUUUCGUCUCCAUACGCAGCUUAACGUCAUACUUAACCGGAGAUCGUCCAUCAGACCUUCCACAAAAUGCAAACCAAACACUUCUUCUCGGAUCCCACCCAUUUGGUCCAGACCGCUCUGCAUUCCCUCACCCUCACAAACCCAUCGGUAGCAUUCGAUCCUGAGAACAAAAUUAUCUUCCGUCGCCCCAAUGUGAAUUCAAAGCCCAAGGUCGCCAUUAUAUCGGGUGGUGGUUCGGGCCAUGAGCCUGCGUUUGCAGGCUUCGUCGGGAAGGGUUUCCUCGAUGCUUCCGCGGCCGGUACGAUCUUCGCUUCGCCUUCGGCGGAGCAGAUUCGCAAAGCCGUCAUGGAAUGCGUCAACAGCGACCAGGGUGUGCUCAUCAUUCCCAUGAACUACACGGGCGACGUGCUCAACUUCGGUAUGGCCACGGAGAAGUCGCGGGCUGCUGGCAUCAAGACUGAGUUCUUUGCUAUCAAUGACGAUGUCGGCGUUGGCAAGAAGAAGGGCGGCAAGGUCGGUCGUCGUGGGAUUGGCGGUGGUGUUCUCAUUCUCAAGGCCGUCGGUGCUUUGGCUGAAGCAGGUGGCUCACUGGAAGAGGUGUAUCACCUGGCACAGCUAGCGAACAAUAACCUCGUGUCGGUAGGGUCUUCGCUCGAGCACGUUCAUGUUCCUGGCCGGGGCGUUCCCGAAGACACAAUCCCGGAAGGCGAAGUCGAGGUCGGAAUGGGCAUUCACAAUGAGCCGGGAUCCCACCGGGUGAAGGCGAAUCUGGUUGAGCUAGUGGCCAACAUGCUUCUCCAGCUUCUGGACCACAAUGAUCCUGACCGCGCCUGGGUCACCCGGAAGCCCGAGGAUGACUUUGUGUUGUUAAUCAACAACUUGGGUGGCGUCAGCACAUUGGAACUUUCCGGCAUCACGGACGAGGUCUAUCGUCAACUCGACAGAGAUUAUGACGUCCAGCCGAUCCGAGUCAUCCAAGGGACCUUCCUCACAAGCCUCAACGGGUUGGGCUUCAGCAUCUCCCUGCUGAAGCUGGUAGAUACGGGACUGGGCCCUGGCCGAUCCUUCCUAGACCUCCUCGAUGCGCCUGCGGAGGCUGUCGGCUGGUCGGCCCCCAUCAGCCGGGAGACAUGGAAGCAUCGCACCGACGCUCCUGUGGAGAUUAAGAGGACUGCGUUGCCGGAGGACAACCCCAGCAACGUGAAGUUGGACAUCAACAUCCUGAAGAAGGUCCUCAGCAGCGCUCUCGAGCGCGUCAUUGCCGCCGAGCCCGAAACCACGCGCUUCGACACCAUCGUCGGCGACGGCGACUGCGGAGUCGGCCUGAAGCGAGGCGCCGAGGCCGUGACGGCUCUCCUGGAGAGCUCCUCGUCCAACCUGACCGACGACGUGGUCCACGCCGUCAACCGCAUCGUCAGCGUCGUCGAGAACACGAUGGACGGCACCUCUGGCGCCAUCUACGCCAUCUUUCUGAAUGCGCUCGCUCACGGCCUCCGCGAACAAGACCAGGGCACCGCCACCCCGGCGACGGUGGACGUGUGGGCCGCAGCAUUGAAUUACUCGCUCUCCGCGCUCUCGAAGUACACCCCAGCGCAACCGGGCGACCGCACCCUCCUCGACGCCCUGGUGCCCUUCUGCAAGACCCUCCAGGAGAGCAAGGAUGUCCACGCCGCGGCCAAGGCGGCGCAGGAGGGAACCGACUCCACCAAGCACAUGAAGGCCAGCCUGGGACGCAGCGUGUACGUCGGCGGCGAGGAUGAGUGGGUGGGCAAGAUCCCGGACCCGGGUGCUUACGGGCUCAGCGAGUUCUUAAAUGGAUUGGCGGGGGCCCUUUGAGUCGAAUUGCUAGGGUUGGGCCAGAGAUUCUUGGGGUUUCAUCGUACAUAUACUUUGGAGCGUUCGAUGUCUUAAUUCUUAAUAUCAAUAAUGACCAUGCUA